AUGCCUUCCAGAAUAUCACCCUCGGGUUUCAAAGAGCUCAGUGAUAGCGCUUUGUUUAAGCCACUCAAACUUGGAGCGAUUCAAAUCGAGCAUAGGGUGAUGAUGGCCCCUUUGACACGAAUGCGUGCACCAAAAGAGUCGGAAGGUGUCUGGGUACCUGGUGACUUGAAUGUUGAGUAUUACUCGCAAAGAGCUUCGAAAGGUGGUUUACAAUUGACAGAAGCAUGCCCGAUUAGCCGUUUGGCUUGCGGCUAUCCAGGCGUUCCCGGCAUUUUUACACCAAGCCAAAUUGCAGGCUGGAAGCGAGUCACCGACGGGGUCCAUUCGAAAGGAGGUUUCAUAUACUGUCAGCUAUGGCAUGUUGGGCGAGCAACUGUGCCUGGACUUUUGGGUGGGGAAGAUUGCGUGAGCUCAAGUGAUGUUCCAUUAAAAGGGAAUGCUUUGGAUGGAAGCCUCUAUGCUGCAACGCCCCCUAGAGCUUUAACAGUCGAAGAAAUCGGUGAAGUUGUAGAAGAGUUUGCUGCUGCAGCUAAGAGGGCUAUGGAAGCUGGAUUCGAUGGGGUAGAAAUUCAUGGCGCAAAUGGAUAUCUCCUCGACCAAUUCCUCCACGACAACGUUAACAUCCGCACCGAUUUAUACGGAGGCUCCAUCGAGAACAGAUGUCGCUUUCCUUUAGAGGUUUUAAAGGCAAUAACCAAUGUCGUUGGGCCGGAUAGGGUCGGGAUGCGAUUAUCUCCCUACAAUUAUUUUCAAGACACACGGGACUCGAAUCCAAAUGUGCAUUGGGCAUACCUAUGUGAGCAACUCGCUUCAUCACCAGAAGAAAACCGACUGUCAUAUGUACACAUGGUCGAGCCAAGAUUUGAUGAAGUUCUUGACGAACAAGCCAAGAUUGACUCGUUGGCGGUUGAGACGAAGUCGGACACAAAAGCACAGUCUCUUGUACCAUUCCAACGGAUCUUGAAAAAGGGGGGUAUCAAGUUUAUCGCAGCCGGUGGCUUCAAGCGCGAUAAUGCCGCUCCAAAGGUUGAGGCUGGUGAUGCGGACGGUAUCAUGUUCGGGCGAUGGUUUAUUGCAAACCCUGAUCUGCCCAUCAGAUUGGCAGAUGGUCUUCCACUGAACGAUUAUGAUCGCAACACCUUCUAUGGCGCAGAUCCACCAAGCAAAGGAUAUGUUGACUAUCCGUAUUUCGCGGCCAAAACUCCCGCGUGA